GUCUUGCAGGGGGUGCGAGCUCUGUCAGUGCAGGCCAUUUUGGGUGCCAAGGAGCUGUUGUUGAAGGGCCUUGAGCAGGAAGAGUGGAAGAUGAUGCAUGCCGCAGACGCCGAGCAUGUUCCCGAGACUCGCCUGUGCCGGAUUUCGCUGGCUCCACCGCCGCCGCCACCUCCACCACCCUGCGAUGGCGCGGACUGGGUCACGGAGCCCAUAGUGCAGAAGUACGACCGCAGCAAUGAGAUGGAAGAAGGCUUCGGGUCUGCAGAGAAAGAAAUCGAGGCAUUCUGCAAUGACGAUAGCAUGGACGCGGAGGAACGCCUGACUUCAGACCAGUCUCCAGAAGCAGCAGAAGCAGCUUCUGAUCUUCCUGCAGAAGGUUCUGAAAGCGAAGAGUCGGCUGCAGUAGAGCAGGCCUCUGACGAUGUGAACGAGGCUACUCAAAGCAGUCUUGAAGAGCAGGAAGAGGUGUUUGAACUGCCCCAGGAG